GUUGGAUUCCACACAGCAAGGGAUUCCAAUAAGACCUUUUUUGUUAAAAUUAAAUAAGCUGAAUAGGUACCAAAAUAACAUUGUUUUAGUUGUAGUAUUAUGGCAGCAAAACAAAAAAAUAUAUUUACCCGAAGCAAACCGCUUUUGAACAUCUAUAGUUCAAUUGAUCCUGAAGGAAAAGAGGUUGAAGUAAGAGAAGAUGCUGAACAGUUAGUGAAGUGGCACGAGAUUUCUGAUGCUUUGGUGGCUGCAGGUUACUAUCGUGCACAGCUUCAAGGUUUAACACCUUUUGACAAGAUUGUCGGAGGUUUAACUUGGUGCAUAGAGCUGUGCGAUAUUGAUGUUGAUAUAAGUCUACUAUUUGAAGAAAAUCUCACUAUUGGGAAAAAAAUAGCAUUAACAGAGAAAAUAGUCAAAGUGUUGCCAAGUAUGAAGUGUCCAUUUAUAAUAGAGCCUCACCAAAUACAAGGUUUGGACUUCAUCAAUAUAUAUCCUCUAAUACAUUGGCUUAUAAAAUAUUCAAGUGAGUUUCGAGAAGCAAAAGAAGAUGAGCUACGACAAUUUGCUGUGAUCCAAUAUGAAAAAAGUCAUAUAUUUGAGUCUGACAGAGGAAUGUUUAGUCAAAAAGAAAAGUUGUUAAGGAACUUGGCAAAUAUUCAAAAUUUGUACAAACCAUGCAGGGUCCGGAAACGGAAAGGAGCUUUAACUGGCAAUGAGUUAGAACAAGUGAAUGCAACACUGUCUGAGUAUGAUCAGAGGAUGCUGAUGCAUGUCUCGGUCAAUAAAGAUGAUGCUAAUAAGGAUGAUGGACUUGAUUUCUUAUACGACUAUGAAAAGACUUUAGCUGAUCCAUCACAAAUAACUACAGAGGCAGAUAGGAUCAAAGAUCAAGGUACUAAUGUGGACUCUGCUGAGACUAAAAUACAUUAUGCUGUCUUACAAUCAGAGCUAACAGGAGAACUUCCCAAAGAGCUGGAGAUGAGUGAAAAACUAAAAUACUCAGAAGACGUAGAAAGACUGACUAAAGCUAUUGAAACAAUGGAAGCAGAUGUGCAAGACUUUAAGAAACAGCAUGAGGAGAGAAUGGAAAAGGCAACAAUGAAUUAUACAAGCAUGGUAGCCAAGUUGCAAAAGGUCACGAAGAAGCUCAUGAACUCUGACGAUAACAGUGAAAAAGACGUAAAGAAGUUCUUUAAAUCCCUCAAGGAAUUAGCACAAGAGAGGAAUGAGUUGCUUCAAAUCCUACAGCACAGAGAUAAAGAGCAUAAAAGAUUAGAAGAGGAACUAAGGUCUGCGCAAGAUCCAACAGCUAAACAAGAGGAGGUUCCGCUCACACCGGAAGAGAUGAAGGAGUUCCUCGACCGGGAGUCGAAAUUGAAGGAGUUUAUAAGCAGCAUGAGGCGGGAACUCGCGAGGCUUAACCGGGAGGUGCUGAGGUACUCGGUGGCUAUUGACGAGGUGCCUGGCACCGCUGAACUGCUGCAGUACGAGAAGAGAUUCAUGGAGUUGUACAACCAAGUUGCCUCAAAACACAGGGAGACCAAGCAGUAUUACAUAUUUUACAAUACCCUUUACGAAGUCAAACUUUAUACCUCCAAAGAACUUAGUUUACUUAAUUCAAUCUUGGAUAAUUAUGAAGAAGCGAUGUCUUCAGCUAGGAAACGUGAAGAGUUCAUGUCACAAUUUGAAUCUAUAGUGGAUUGGGUGAACCAGACCGUUCGGAAGGUGGAAGACAAGUACAAACAAGAGAGGGAGACUAAAAACGCAUUGCACGCGGAGUAUUCCCGCUUGCUGGAAGUGCAGAGGCAGUAUGCGGCCGCGUUGAAGAAGUUGGCAGAGGAAAGGCAGAAGUUUGGCCGCCAAAGUUGACCAAACAGUUUAGAAGAUUGAGAGGGUAGUGUGCAAUUUAUUAUUUCGCUAGGCUUUGUACGUGAAUGGGCAAUGAAAGUUGUAUGACUAAAUGCUGUGUCUAUCUGUUAUGUUCUGUGCUUAGAUUGAAUCUUAAGUGGCGAGAAACAUUACAUGCUAAUUUUAUGUUGCUGACUGCAAAAUUAUUGUAUAUUAUUAUACCAGUGUACUACAAAGAA